UAGGCUACUCGCGUGGUGCUGAUGGGGGAGCGCGGCCGACUGAAGACGCUGGCGAAAAUCCUCGGAGAUUUACCUUAACUCCUCAACUCUACGCUGGAUUUGAGGUUUGCGAAAGGCAGGAGAAUAUCUGACGCCUGAUAAAUUUAGACAGUCUUCGCCACCAUUGGCAAAUUAUGCAUAAAUUGUUUAGUAGAUAGCAGUUGCACUGUUGUAGCGGUUAGUGACAGCGGCAGCGGCUGGAAUGAGAGCGUAGUGAGGGAGGAGUAGCUGGCUCGCCGUGGUGAGGGGCAUGGCAGAGGGCUUUGGGGAAGAUGCGACAGACGUGCGUUUGGCCGUUUUGUUAGCGGAAAUGUUAAUUGCAACUGGUGGGUGUUUCAGCCAAGCAGCCCCGAAGAUUUCAUAUCGAUCGGAUUAUUACGCCCUUUCUGCGCGCGUCUGAACAUGUUCUUGUCCCCACGGAUGAUCUGUCAAACCAAUUGCAUUUGAAUCCGUAGUGUAUCUGGACGUAGGGCGGACUGUGUCAGCGGGUGAGAGACACCUAUGGAAUAACCAACGAACAAUGUGAAAAAGCCGCUAAUUAUUUAAAUAUGUAAAAAUAUCCUCGUACGAUUUAAUCACCAGCAAUGAAAGUAGCGUAAGCCUAUGGCUGGAACCGAAUUGCACUGAAGUUUUGAAUCUAACAAGGUACGACGGACUGUUUUCUCCCACCAGAUAACCCAGAGCAGGACGCCGGGUGGCCUUUGAUUUCGAGAGGUUACAGCGUUGACAUUAGGCUAGAGAACCCGCGCCGGUUUCCGCGCACUUGGCUGUCUGAAGAGCCGGAGCAAAAUGAUGUGCGAAGUGAUGCCGACCAUUAACGAAGGGGACUCCAUGAGUUCCCAACGUGGCUCUCAAAACGGCACGGAUGCCGAGGCCAAUUUCGAGCAGCUGAUGGUGAACAUGCUGGACGAGAGAGACAAGCUUCUGGAGUCCCUGCGCGAGACCCAGGAGACGCUGUUCCAGUCCCAGACCAAGCUCCAGGACGCGCUGCACGAGCGGGACCUGCUCCAGCGACAGCUCAACUCCGCGCUCCCGCAGGAAUUUGCCACACUUACCAAGGAGCUGAAUGUGUGUCGAGAACAGCUGUUGGAGAAAGAGGAGGAAAUCUCUGAGCUCAAAGCCGAAAGGAACAAUACUAGGCUGUUGCUGGAGCACCUGGAGUGUUUGGUGUCACGUCACGAGCGCUCGCUGAGGAUGACGGUGGUGAAGAGACAGGCCCCACCCCCGUCUGGCGUCUCCAGUGAGGUGGAGGUCCUCAAGGCCCUCAAAUCCCUCUUUGAACACCACAAGGCCCUGGACGAGAAGGUGAGGGAGAGGUUGAGGGUGGCACUGGAGAGGAUCACAACCCUGGAGGGACAACUGGCUACAGCCAAUCAGGAGCUGAUGGUGGUGAGGCAGCGGAAGGACAGACCAGAUGCUGAGGACAGGAUGAACGGAUCCAAGCCCAUAUGGAAGAGGCUGCCCAACGGCUCCAUAGACGCGCAUGACGAGGGGAGCCGGUGUGUGGAGCUGCAGGAGCUGCUGGAGAAGGCCAAUAAGGAGCUGACGCAGAGCCGUGAGCGAGUGGGCAUGCUCAGUACGCGCGUCACCGACCUGGAGACCGAACUGACCACCGCCCGCAAAGACCUGGUCAAGAGCGAGGAGCAGAGCGCCAAGCACCAGAGGGACAUCCGUGAGGCUAUGGCACAGAGGGAGGACAUGGAGGAGCGCAUCACCACCCUGGAGAAGCGUUACCUGGCCGCCCAGAGGGAGACCACGUCCAUCCACGACCUCAACGACAAGCUGGAGAAUGAGCUGGCCACCAAGGACUCGCUGCACAGACAGAGUGAGGAGAAAGUGCGCCACCUGCAGGAACUGUUGGAGCUUGCGGAGCAGCGGCUGCAGCAGACCAUGAGGAAGGCGGAGACUCUGCCAGAGGUGGAGGCGGAGCUUGCGCAGAGAGUGGCCGCCCUCUCCAAGGCUGAGGAGCGCCAUGGCAACAUUGAGGAGCGCCUGCGACAGCUGGAGUCCCAGUUGGAGGAGAAGAACCAGGAGUUGGGCAGGGCGCGCCAGCGGGAGAAGAUGAACGAGGAGCACAACAAGCGGCUGUCAGACACAGUGGACCGCCUCCUCACCGAGUCUAACGAGCGGCUGCAGCUUCACCUGAAGGAACGCAUGGCUGCGCUGGAGGAUAAAAAUGCCCUCAUACAUGACCUGGAAAGAUGCCAGAAACAGCUGGAGGAGUUUCACCACACUAAGGAGCGGCUGAUCGGAGAGAUAGAGAAGCUUCGGACGGAGAUCGACCACCUGAAGCGCAGAAGUGGAGUCUUUGGAGAUGGAACACACCCUCGGUCCCACAUGGGCAGUGCCACCGACCUGCGCUACUCCAUGGUGGAGGGGCAGGGCGAUCACUACAGCACGGCCGUGAUGCGCCGCACUCAGAAGGGCAGAAUGGUGGCGCUGAGGGACGAGCCAAACAAGAUCCUGCCGGUGGUGGAGAAGGAUUGGGAGCGGUCCCAGCCCUCCAGCCUGCGGGCCAGCCGCACACACCUGAUGGAGAGUGACGCGGAGCUGUCCGACCUGGACGAUGACGACCGCGAGACCAUCUUCAGCUCGGGAGACAUGCUGUCACCAAGCGGUCACUCCGAUGCCCAGACACUGGCCCUCAUGCUGCAAGAGCAGCUGGACGCCAUCAACGAGGAGAUCAGGAUGAUCCAGGUGGAGAAGGAGUCAGCGGAGCUGCGAGCGGACGAGAUCGAGAGCCGGGUCAACAGCGGCAGCAUGGACGGCCUCAACGUCACGCUCAGGCCCCGCCCCUCAAUGCCCACCUCUGUCACCGCCCUCUCAUUGGCCAGCUCCUGCUCGCCGCCCGUCAGCGGACGCUCCACCCCCAAGAUGGCGUCGCGCUCCGCAGCCCAUGAGCUGGGCAUUAUGACCCUGCCUAGUGAUUUAAGGAAACACCGCAGGAAAGUAGCCUCCCCAGUGGAGACUCGUGAGGACAAGCCCACCAUCAAGUGUGAGACGUCACCUCCAUCCUCCCCCCGGAGCAUCCGCCUGGAUCAGAUGAGCUUCUCCCAGCUCACCAGCGGCCUAGAGGAUGGACGCGGGACCCUGAAGAAGAAAGGCAUUAAGUCAUCCAUCGGAAGACUCUUCAGCCGCAAGGAAAAGGGCCGCCUGGAUCAACCCAUGGUGAAGGACGGACAGAUGACCCCUCCUAUCAUUCCAGCCUCCGGAUGGCUGGAGGAGACCGCGGUCAUCAGCAGGCCUUUGGUUCCUUUGGUUCCUGCCCCUAGUUCCAGUCGCAGUGAAGGCCCGUCAAAUACAGAACACUACUACAAUUUCGACAUGGGCAUCGGUGACACCAUGACCCUGAGCAAGCUGGGCACGCAGGCGGAGCGGGACCGGCGCAUGAAGAAGAAGCAUGAGCUGCUGGAGGAUGCAAGGAGGAAAGGGCUGCCCUUCUCCCAGUGGGACGGACCCACAGUAGUAUCCUGGUUGGAGCUGUGGGUUGGCAUGCCGGCGUGGUACGUGGCGGCGUGCCGUGCCAACGUGAAGAGUGGUGCCAUCAUGUCUGCGUUGUCGGACACAGAGAUCCAGAGGGAGAUUGGCAUCAGCAACCCGCUGCACCGACUCAAACUGCGACUCGCCAUCCAGGAAAUGGUCACUUUGACCAGCCCCUCCGCCCCCCUCACAUCACGCACAUCCUCCGGAAAUGUGUGGGUGACUCACGAGGAGAUGGAGACCAUGGCCACGUCCACUAAAGCGGACAACGAGGAGGGCAGCUGGGCACAGACGCUGGCGUACGGCGACAUGAGUCACGAGUGGAUUGGGAAUGAGUGGCUGCCCAGUCUGGGCCUCCCGCAGUACCGCAGCUACUUCAUGGAGUGUCUGGUGGACGCACGCAUGCUCGACCACCUCACCAAGAAGGACCUGCGCACACACCUCAAGAUGGUGGACAGCUUCCAUCGAGCAAGUUUACAGUAUGGCAUCAUGUGUUUGAAGCGACUGAACUAUGAUCGUAAAGAACUGGAGAGGAGACGAGAGGAAUGCCAGCACGACAUCAGAGACACGCUGGUGUGGACGAAUGAGCAGGUGGUCCAGUGGGUCCAGACGAUCGGCCUGAAGGAGUACAGCGGCAACCUGUCGGAGAGUGGAGUACACGGGGCCCUGAUCGCUCUGGACGAGACCUUCGACUACAGCAGCCUGGCCCUCAUCCUGCAGAUCCCCAUGCAGAACACACAGGCCAGACAAGUUAUGGAACGGGAGUUCAACAACAUGCUGGCACUUGGCACCGAUCGUCGGGUAGACGAAAGUGACGAUAAAUCGUUUCGGCGGUCGCCCUCCUGGCGUAAGCGCUUUCGUCCGCGGGACGGGCAGGGCUUGGGCAUGAUGCCAGGCUCCAUGGAAACGCUGCCCGCCGGAUUCCGCCUCACCACCAUGUCUAUGCCACCCUCCAUGGCCGUAGUGCCCAAGAAACAGCUGCAGCCUGAAGUGCAUUCCCACUAUCUGUACGGGCACAUGCUUGCGGCCUUUCGAGAGUAACAUGCCAAAACCAGAGAAAUCUUUUCCAAGGUGACUUGGGAUGGGGUGGGGGCCUCCCCCUCUCCCUCAAUUCACACCUGUGCUUUCUCGGACUCUGUGCAAUAGAAGGCGGGGCAGCGAUGACAUCACGUCGUGUCACACACUGCGCCACACCCGGCUGCCCUGGCCCAUCUGAGGACUCGAGCGAGUGUGUAGCUUGCAUCACUGCAGAAGAGGGGACCCCCUCUUCCUCCUCCUCCUCCUCUUCUUCCUCCUUCUCCUCAUCCUCCUCUCUCCUGCUCCCAUUCCUCUCCCAGUAACCCCAGUUAUGUAGUCGUCGUGGUGAUGAUGUGCGUAUGCUCUCUGUUUUAAACUGGUGUACUUCGCCUAGUAGCCUGUCAGUUAGAGUCUAUUUCCUGGGUGUUUCUAUGGCAACAAGAGUAUAAGGCUUCCCCUCUCCGGUUAUGCAAGGUAUUAAUCAGUGUUUAUCUGUAUAUAAAAUGGAUGACUUAUUAUGUUUUUUUAUAGAAAUAUAUACAUAUAUAUAAAUAUAUAUAUAUAUUGAAAUUGUAUAUGGAAAGAAUACUAUAUACUUAUUGUAUGAAAAUGAGCUAAUCUAAACCCUGUCGGAGUCGUUAAAUCUUUUUGUUUGUUGGCUAGCGGUAAGCUAGACCAGCGUGUGAUGUGUUGGUGGCCCCUAAUACACCUGUGUGAGAACGUUGCAGCGGUCACUUUGACAAAUACUCUUGCUCAGUAAUGAGUUCAUUCCAAUUAACCCUAAUACGGUUAACAAAAAAAGGCCAAGGUCCAUAACACUCUAACACUCACUCUCUCUCUCUAUCUCUCUCUCUCUCUGUCUUUUUUAUCUCCUGUGACUGUGUCAUCCCUGCUCAGCCAAGUCACGAUAAAUAAAGAUCUUCAGAUUAAAAAAGAAUCACGUCAAAUGGAAGUAAUGUAAUGAAACAAGCAAUAGUGAUCUGCAGUGCACACUAUGAAUAUUCACUAAAACGUACAUCAUCAUCUUACUCGUUUCGGCUGGACACCUGACAUCAGGUCUCUGCUCUGGAUCCUGGUUGCUAGAGAAACGGAGUGACAGCAUUCAGUUCCUUUUCAAGAAUCAGGGUGACGCACCAGUAGAAAGCCAUUCAUGUCUGGUUGUAAACCUUUAAGGUCGAGGUCUGUAGAGGCACUUUAACUUCAAGGUGACCUCUGAGCCAGUGUCUAGUAGAGCAUCCAGCUUGCCUGUGUUUUAUAUGGGAGUGCCUCACUCACUACCAUGGUGGAGGGACUGAACAGUCUCAGACUGUGUCUGCAUUAAGCCGGAUAAAUAUAAAUAUACAUAUCUGAAGUGAAAGCCAUCUCUGUCCAUAUUAUCAUUUUUGUAGGUUUGCAUCCACACUAGAACACUGAAACGCCAUAGAAGUGUUUGUUGUCGGUGGUGUCUGGAAGACUGACUUUUAUCUGUCAUGGCAACCGCACAUCAUUUUAUCUGAAAUUGUGUUUGUACACAAUGCAGCGCAAACUUGCAUGUUUUCAUGUGUAUCCACCUCAGAGAUUGUUUUCGAAAAGUAUUGUUUUCUGUCGGAAUAUACCGUUUUAAUGUUGACGGAUGGGCUAAA